CCUAAUUCAAACUCACUCUCUCUCCCCUCAAUAAUUUCUAGUCUUUCCCGUUUUCUGGUUUCAAACUCCAUUUUCAGAUCUACAAGCUCCAAAGCUAUAUGCCAAAAUUGGUAGAAUCUAUUAGGCUUUUAAACACAAAUAUUUUUUUCCCUGCAAUCGCGUGUAUCCUUUCCCUAUGUCAUCAGGAGAGGGUGAAACAGACACAGAUCCUUUCCCUAUGUCAUCAGGAGAGGGAGAAACAGACACAGACUGCCUGGACACGGGAGAGGAGUACCCUUUACAAGACGAGGAUACACUGUUUACUGGGCCAAAAGGAUUCCGUAUAAUCGUGUCCGAGUAUAUUUCAAAUUUGUCCUGCCAACUUGGGCUCCCAUCAACCGAUUUAUUUCAUUUUCCAGAGCCGAUUGGAAACUCAAAAGGUAUUGAAAAUAUUAGACACUGUCUCCAACAACUAUUGUCACGUGGGAAAAAGCUUGAGGAAUUCUUCACUGUCCCAAACCAGCAAAGCUUGUCUUGUCCCAAUGAAGUUGUUGCAGCCUUUAUCAACUUUCUACUCCGAAUGGUAGAAUCCAUCCUAUGUUUUAAGGCAGAAUACAUUGCUUUCCAUAAUCUCCGGACAGAGCUAGGAUUUCUUAUUACUUUUCUUGGAGAUACAUCAAUGCAUUUGCAGCCCACCAAUAAGGUAGUGAUAGAUAUCGAAGCUGUGGUUAAUGAGGUAGGAAGUUUCUUUUAUUCCUUGUAUUUCACCUUUGACGUAUUCUUUGCCACUCGGAAGGAAGAAACCCUUUUUACUUAUUUGAUGCUUAAUUCGACGGAUAUUGAAGAUGUGGUCAACCACGUUGUAAGUUUCUUGCACUCUGGCAUUUCCGACGUUCUUGAGGACAGGCCAUUGCAGACCACUACUGAGGUAGAAGAAACCGAGAAAGUAAUGGCGGAUAUCAAAGCUCUGGUCCAUGAGAUAGGAAGUUUCAUAGUUUUCACCAAGAAUGAUCAAGUCCCUGAGAGUGGAUUAGUGGAUCUAGCUCUUUCCGAUUUGUUACCAAAGUUCGAGCUCUUGAAAUCAAAGAUCAAGGAGCACUGCAUCACAGUCUCAAAGAUGCCAAUUGAUAUGGCUCCAAAGGCUGGUGUGGUUUCCCUCUUCAUUGUUGAUUCGGUUCUUGAUGAUCUCAUGGACCUAAUAAAUAACAAGUCUGACAGGAUUGUUGGUAUGAACGAUCAAAUUGUAAUGCUACAUGAGGAGCUAUUGUUAUUGGGAUCUUCCAUCACCAGUAUAGCUGUGCAGCAAGAAGCAGAGCAGGAAGAACUCAUAAUAAAAACCAGAGACGUAGCAUUUGAAGUUGAAUAUGUUAUCAACUCAUUCCCCCCUGUUUGGUAUCUCACCCUCAGACUUCCUCUGCUCAUUGAGAAGAUUCAGCUUAUUACGAUGGACAUCAAAGAAGUGAAGAACGAUAUUGAUGUGGCUGGAAUGCCAGAAGUUGCAAAAUAUCCGGAUGAACACUUAUUCUCACAAUCUAAAGGAACUCCCAUUUUGGAAGAUGUUAUUGUGGGGUUUGAAGAUGUUGCACUCGAAAUUGCAGAACAACUUGUUAGAGGAAAGGAGCAAUUGCAAAUUAUCUCCAUAUUUGGAAUGCCUGGACUUGGUAAGACGACUUUAGCAAAUAAACUAUAUAAUGAUCCAUCCGUAGUCUAUCAUUUUUACAAGCGAGCCUGGUGUGUUGUUUCUCAAACAUAUGAUAAGAAAAAUAUUUUGAUUAACAUUUUGAGCUGUAUAAAAAAUGUUAAGCGAGAACAAAUUGCAAUCAAGGACGAAGAAAGUUUGGCUGAAGAUGUUUACAAAAGUUUAAAAGGAAGGCGAUAUCUUAUUGUUCUGGAUGAUAUAUGGGAUACAAAAUUAUGGGAUGAUUUGAAAAGAAUUUUUCCAGAUGACGGAACUGGAAGCAGAAUCUUAUUCACCACUCGGAAUAAAGAAGUAAGUUCGAAAUUGUCACCUCAUUGUGUCAUAAAUACACUUCCUUUUCUAUCAGAAGAUGAAUGCUUGGAUUUAUUACAAAAGAAAGUGUUCAGAGGUAAAAGUUGUCCUCAAGAACUGCUAGACGUUGGGAAGAAGAUUGCAAAAAAAUGUCAUGGCCUACCACUUGCCGUGGUCGUGAUAGCUGGAGUUCUUGCAAAUAUGGAGAAUAAAGAACACUUGUGGCAAGAAGUUGCAAGAAAUUUAAGUUCACAUUUAUCCAAAAAUUCAGACAACUACAUCCAGAUAUUAGAACUUAGCUAUAAUCAUUUGCCAAUGCACUUGAAACCAUGCUUUCUUUACUUUGGAGCAUUCAAAGAGGACGAGGAAAUCCACAUACAAAAGUUGACAUCAUUAUGGGUUGCUGAAGGAUAUAUAAAGAAGGAAGAGCAAAAGAGUUUAGAGGAUGUGGCACUAGAAUAUGUGAUGAAACUCAUUGAUAGGAGCCUGGUACUUGUUGCUGGAAAAAAAUUUGAUGGUUCAAUCAAAACUUGUAAGAUUCAUGAUCUAUUGCGUGAAAUGUGCUUGAGAAUAGCUGAAGAAAAAAACUUUUUGAAGAUUUUCAAUAUUGAUUAUGAAUCUCAUCCACUACCGUACUUCAAUGAAGUGGUGAUGUAUCAGAAACACCAUUGUCUGAGUAUCGUCUAUGGGGAGGAUCACGCUAACUCACUACCGUACUACAGUGAAAUGGCGAUGUUUCGGAAACGCCAUUGUCUGAGUAUCGUCUAUGGGGAGGAUCCUACUGCCUCACUACCUUUCGGCCCACAUACGCGCUCUCUUUUAUGUGGUAAUGUAACGUUGCCCACAUUAGUUGCAUGCGGCUUCAAAGUUCUUAGGGUCUUGGAUUUUUGCAGGCCCUGGAUAAAUCUUGUUGUAGUCGGAAUUAACCAGCUCGUUCACGUGAGGUACUUGGCACUUUCAUCUACACUUCCACCAAUGGAUAGCUUCCACAAACUAGAAUUUCUUGUCAUGAGAAGUCAUAAUAUUGAAAUACCGGAUGUCCUCCUUAAUAUGAUGAGUUUGAGACAAGUGCAUUUCGAGGGUGGUGCAUACUUCAGUGAGUCUAUCCGUCAUCGAGCAAUUAAGGAUAAGAGCUUCCAAAUAAAAAGUAACCUACAAAGUAUUUCUUUCCUUCAAAUUUUCGAUGAAGUGGAUGAGAAAAUUUUGAGAUGUUUAUCCAAUCUUCGCAGACUUAAGGGCAGGGUUAAAUCUUCACACAGUUAUUCUUUCGACUUCCUGAAUCAGCUCGAAUCAUUGAAGCUCAGAUCACGUAGUAUCGUGGGAUAUUCAUCGUUCAAUUUGAUCAGUCUGCCCUUAAAUCUCAAACAAUUGACUUUAAUACGUGUACGCAUGGCACAGGAACAAAUGGAGUUAAUUGGGAAAUUGAAGUACCUUGUGGUUCUCAAAUUACGUUAUGUUUCCUUUGAUGGACGACGAUGGGACACUAGUGAAGGUGAAUUUCCACAACUUAAAUUCUUGAAACUCUCUAAUGUGAGACUUGCAGAGUGGAAUACCUCAAGAGAUCAUUUCCCAAGACUUCAACGACUAGGAUUGAGAUAUUGCAAACAUUUGAAGAUGAUCCCUCCCAGUUUAGGUGAUAUUCCAACAUUACUAAUGAUUGAGGUAUAUGACUGCGUGGAAGCUAUCAAAGAAUCUGCUAAGAGAAUUCAAGAAGAACAAGAAGAAAUGGGAAAUGAAGAACUUAAAGUCAUAAUAUUUGAUCAGGAGAGUAAAAAUGAAGCAGAAAGUGAACCUGAAAAGGAAAGUAAAGCAGUAAGUGAACGUGAAGAAGAAAGAAACUAGUAAACAAAGAAUAUUUUUUGUUGGAGAUACCUUUGCCAGCCCUCUGAGACAUUUUUGAGUGUAAUAAGAGUUCUCAUCUCGUUCCUAGGUAUUGCGUGUACUAUUAAAUAAAACAUCAAAUAACUUCUAUCUUAUGUU